UCGAAACAUCCAGACGCGUAUAAAAUGUCGGCAAAUCCUGACUCCCAUUACAGUAAAUCUGCGAACAUGAAACUGUUAUUACUUGUGGUUUGCUUGAUAGCUGCCGUGACGGCUGCUCCCGGAAAGGAUCACUACGAACUAGCUCGCGGAGGUCGUGUUGUUGGAGGUGACAAUGCCGUGCCUAAUGAGUUUCCCAGCAUGGCGUCAAUGCAGCGGAUGAUUCUAACGACGUCUGUGCACAUUUGUGGCGGUUCCAUCAUCAAUGCACGCUGGGUAUUGACUGCUGCUCACUGCAUCACGGAAUCACCCGACGGAGCUCGUUUUGCUAUCUGGGCUGGAGCUCACGACAUAACUUUGGCCGAACCAAACAGACAGGUCAUCAACGUCGAUCAGGCCUUUGUUCAUCCCGACUAUCUAGGCGGAGUCAACCCCUCAGAUGUUGCUGUUCUUCGAUUAGUUAGUGAACUAACCUUCAAUCAAUACGUACAGCCUGGUGUUCUUCCAGCUCAGGGAGACCUUGCCAAGCCCGGACCAGCAACUCUCGCUGGAUGGGGUAGUACUUCUACCGGCAUUCUUCCUAGCAUGCCUGCUAUUCUGCAGAAGGUCGAUAAACCAAUCAUCGACUUCGAGACCUGCGAACAGGCCAACGGAGGACCAGGAAAUACACCACUUGGACCGACAAAUGUUUGCACAGGACCGUUGACUGGAGGAGUAUCAGCUUGUUCUGGAGACUCUGGCGGUCCGCUGUUCGUCAUUGAGGGUGGAGUGCAGACCCAAGUUGGUAUCGUAUCCUGGGGAUGGAUGCCAUGUGGUUCUGUCGGUCGCCCAUCUGUAUACGUUGGCGUCGCUAGCUACCGCAGUUGGAUUGAUUCUCAAAUCGACUAGGAAAAUUUACGCUAUUUAAGAAAUAAAUGCAAGGUAUGGUGUAAAAAAUGACAAUGUUCUG